AUGGAAGGUCUUAACAAUAUGGUUAAGACAGCAAGAAGUCAGGGUUGGAUCAAAGGUUUUGAGGUAGCCAAAAAUGGAAACAAUAGUCUGGAGGUUACACAUCUCCAGUAUGCUGAUGACACUUUAAUUUUUUGUGAUGCAAAAGAGGAGCAACUGAGGUUCUUGAGAAUUAUCUUGGUACUAUUUGAAGGCAUUUCAGGACUGCACAUCAAUUGGAGAAAAAGCCACUUGUUCCCCGUCAAUGAAGUUCCUGAAAUGGAGCAUCUGGCACUGAUCUUGGGUGGAGAAGUAGGAAGCCUACCUACUAUUUACCUUGGUAUGCCCUUGGGAGCAAAGUCUAAAUCUAAGCUGAUUUGGAAUUCUGUUAUUGAAAAAUGUGAAAAGAAGCUGGCUAGAUGGAAAUCCCAAUAUUUGUCUUUGGGUGGUAGACUCACCUUGAUCAACUCAGUCUUAGAUUCUCUUCCAACAUACAUGAUGUCCCUCUUUCCCAUUCCUGCAGGGGUUACUCAGAGACUUGAUAGACUUAGAAGAUCCUUUCUUUGGCAAGGAAACAAAGAAAAAAGGGUUGUUCAUUUGGUUAAGUGGAAAUCUCUAACAAUUGGCAAAGCUCAUGGUGGUUUAGGCAUUAGGAACCUGAAGAACCAAAACAAGGCCCUAAAGAUGAAAUGGUUAUGGAGGUACUCACAGGAAAUUGAAACCUUAUGGAGCAAGGUAAUCAAAGCUAAAUAUGGUGAGGAAGACAAGUGGGUAUCAAAGGUAGUUAAUACAGCAUAUGGAGUUAGUUUAUGGAAGUCCAUUAGGUCACUUUGGCCUGUGAUGAAGAGUCAUUCUUCCAUCAGAGUAAAUAAUGGCAACAAAACCUCCUUUUGGAAAGAUAACUGGUUGGGAGUUGGUUGUUUAAAGGAACUCUUCCCUGAUAUAUAUGGUUUGGUUCAACAUCAGCAUAGAACAAUAGCUGAAGUAUGGACCCCCCAAGGUUGGGAUCUUAUAUUUAGGAGGAUGUUAAAUGAUUGGGAGGUGGAUAGGUUAACUAAGUUUUACAAACAAUUGGAAGACUUUAAAGGGUUACAGAGUGGGGUGGAUACACUAUGGUGGCAGGGACACAACAAAGGUAGCUUGUUUUACUUGGCUGCUAGCAAAGGAGGUUGUCUUGACCCAAGACAAUCUCAAAAAGAGAGGGAUUCCACUGUGUUCAAGGUGCUUUCUAUGCGGGGAAACAGCCGAGACAAUCAGCCAUCUAUUUCUUCACUGCACUGCACGACAACAGAUCAGCUAUGGAAAAUCUUUAUUAAUCUCAGAGCUGGGAUGAAGCUGGAGGUGGAGCAAGAGACAGAGAUAGAUGGAGGGCUGUCCCAGCAUGUAUUUGGUGGACAAUCUGGAAAGAAAGGAAUUCUAGAUGUUUUGAGGACAGGAGCAACUCAAUACAGAAGAUCAAGCUAA